AUGGAUUUGGACAUUAUAUGCUAUAUUGUGCUGUUCUGUGGCUUGAGUUUAGCCCACAGUCAUAAUAAUGCUACUGAAACAAAGUCAUGCAAUCCUGACAUGUGCAAAUUCCUGGCAGACUUUGGGGACAUAAUGGAAAAAGUGAACUGUAUGGAAGCUAAGCUGAAGGAAAGUGAAACCAGGCUGAAGGAGAGUGAAAACCAGAUUUUGGAACUGCAACACAAAGAAGCAACCAAGAUAAUAUUCAGUGCAACGUUAAGAGGCAGUGGACAUACUGGACCUUUCAACACAGACACAAUCCUAGUCUACAAACGAGUAAUUACCAAUAUUGGCAAUGCCUACAGUCCAGUAACAGGUGUCUUUACAGCACCCAUUGCAGGUGUUUAUUACUUUACCCUCUUCUAUCAUGCUGGAGGAAGUCAUACACAAUACCUGUUUCUCCAUAAAAACAGUGAAGUGAUGGUGAUGACAAAUGAUCACGUGACACACAGCGAAGUAGCUGAUAAUGGAGGCAACGCGGUUAUCAGAAUGGCUUCAAAAUUUGCGACCACAGCGGUGUUCCUGGAGCUGCAGCAAGGGGACAAAGUGUAUGUGCGCAUGGGUAAACUCUCACAUGUUUGGGCAUCCGAAAGCCAAACAACCUUCAGUGGUUUUUUGGUCACUCAAAUGUGA